GCGAGGAGUCGCAUUCCAGCGCGCGAUCGCCGUAGAGCCGCUCGCCCACAUCGGAACAUCCGCACGAGCUCGGCUCGCCCCGCCAUGGCCGCGGACGGAUCGUGAACGCGCCUUUUAUUGAUUCCCAUUAAUUUCUCCCCCCGGCCCGAUUCGACGAUUCGCUCUUGGCUUGGGGUCCGAUCCCGCAGCCCGAUUUCUGUGGAGACGUUACUAUGGAGGCUGCCAUCUUCUUCCCCCUUCUUCUCCUCAUCCAGCAGCCGCUUGCACUAAAUGCUUACUGUCCAACCGACUGCUCGUGCGCAAAUCCUCAGUCGAUUUUCUGCUCUGAGCGCCUUUCCCCAUCUGUACCUCAAGAGUUACCUCGAAAUGUCAAAUAUCUCUACCUCUUCCAGAACGGCAUCGAGGCUCUGAGCUCUGAAGACUUCUCCGGACUUGAUCAAUUGGAGAUGUUGGACUUGAGUCAGAACAAACUCUCUGAACUGCCAGGCAGAGCCUUCGAGCAUUUGGCCACAUUGCGAAACUUGGACUUAUCCUCCAACCAAAUCACCCAUAUCGCUGAGCAUAGCUUCUCCGGGCUGGCCAUACUGGAGAGGCUCUAUCUCUUCGACAACCGCAUCGAGAGCAUCCAUCCAGCUGCCUUCCAGGGGCUGGAGCGACUUCUGGAACUAAAGCUUCAGAAGAAUUUGCUAACAGUUUUGCCUGAGCUUCACUUACCCAAGCUGCUCCUGUUGGACCUCAGCUUCAAUCGUAUCCCUCCACCAGGCCUCAGUGACCUCAGUACGCCGAAUCUAGAGUCCCUAAAGUUGGCUGGGUUGGGCCUUGCUACCUUGAACGAGGAACUCUUGAGGAACUUGGCUAACCUAAGAGAGCUGGAUGUGUCCCACAACCAACUCCAUGUUGUGCCCCAGGCAAUAAGUAAGGCCCGUGGCCUGACUGGGCUCAAUCUUGCUGCCAAUCCUAUGGGCAAGCUUCGGCGGGAGGACCUCCAAGACCUGACCAGUCUUCAGCAACUCGACCUCAGUGCCCUGAAACUGCUGGGCUUUCCUGAGGGCUUCCAGGACCUUUUCCCUCGGCUAGUGAUGCUGACUGCUGCAGAAAACCCCUUCAACUGUGUAUGCGAGCUAGCCUGGCUGCCAGGCUGGCUGCAAAGCCGCAAGAUGUCCCUGGGCCAGCCUGAGAAAACACGCUGCCACUUCCCCCCUCGUAAUGCUGGCAAGGAGCUGAGCAGCAUGAAGUUCUUGGACUUUGGCUGUCCUGCCACUACUGCUGCUUCCAGCAUCAUCAUCAGUAGCACCGCUAAGCUGCUGCUUCUUACAACUCCGUCAGAAGCAACACCUGCCCCACCUGAGCUCCUUCCCAGUGACAAACCCUCUGUGAUGGCAGACGGUGACGCCCCUGUCACAUUCCAGCCAUCUCCCAGCAGCACUGUGCAAGAUCCCACUGUGGCACCUCUCUGCCCGAACGGGGGCGCUUGUCAACUUGAGCCACAGGCACCAUCUGAAUGCACCUGUCUUCUGGGUGCUUCAGAGUCCUGUUGCGAGACUCAGGAGGAAAGUCUUGAAGUAGUAGAAAUUCCUACAGUUACUUCAGCCCCCAACAAACCUGAUAUUGUUGCUCGGGAGUCAACCAGCACAGCCAUCCAGCUAGACCUGCACCGUUAUGUGGAUGCACGACCUCGCAUCCGGGGCAUCCGUCUCACCUACUGGAAUCUCUCUGGGCCAGACAAGAGGCCCAUGCUGCUGAAUUUGCCCACCUCUUACGUAAAGUACACCCUUCGGGGGCUUCAGCCCAACUCCACCUACUACAUCUGUGCUACCCCCCACGGUGAGCCUAGUGCAGAGGGCCAGAACUCAUGCACGGAGGCAUCCACCACCAUCUCCCAGCAACACCUGUUCUCUGAGCAGCCAAUAAAAGAGAGCCAUAUGACCACAGCGCUUGCCGUGACGUUAGCCACUGUUUUGGUGGUGCUACUAGUAGCAAUCAUCAUGGGAGUUGCCUGUUACUUGCACAGGAGAAGGGAAAAGGGUCACAAGGAGCCAGACUUGGGAGAGCCAUCACCCCUGGAGUUGGAAGGGGUCAAACCCUUCAUGGACAAUGGAAUGCUGUUACAGAAGCAUCCAGAAAUCCUGGCAUCCCUGGCCCAGAAUGGCGCCGAGUGCGAGAUUCCCCUUUCACCAGAACAAUUUCCAGGCAACAACAAUAUGGCCACCACGAAGCCUUCUUACUUCUGACAGCUGUUGUGUGGUUUGAUCCGCCCACCCAUUGUGGAACGCUUAUGUUCCUCUUGUCACGUUUUCCCCUUGCUGGAAAGGCAGAGACUCUGAGACUUUUGGGUUUAAAGGCCUUGAAAGAACUAAUGAGGGAUAGAUUGACAAUCAAUCAGCCAAACUGGUUCAAGUGCAAUUUUGUGAGGGAUCCUAAAAAGGCAUAUUUCAAGUGCCUUCAUAUAGCUUAUAUUUUUGUAAUGGCUAUAUUUUUUUAAACGUGACUAUUUACAAUCAAGAUGCUGGACUAGUGGAGGGCAUCGGGUUCCGUUAGGAAACACACCUAGACCUACUACACUUGCUCUUGACAAAGGGUGCUGGGAAGUCGAAGACAGAGAUGAAGACAAAAGCAGUUCAUGGUACAAUGGGCUCCCCCUGCAACUUUGCACCCAGGUUCUCCAGCCCUCUACAUUGCACUGAAGAAGGGAGCCUUGCGUUGGUGGUUAACGCACCGAUCUAUGACUCUGCGGUGUGACGUUGGAGUAGGAUGGGGGUACUGGCCUGCAGCGUAGUUUAACUGCUGAAUGUUCAUGCACCCUGAGUUUCCUGGCGUUGUUCCGAAGAGGUGACUACCAAGCACCCCACCACCCUUGCCUACAGAGCAGGAAACAGAAUUCCCAGAAUGUCCCAGCAGGAUUCCACCCAGUCUGGAACGUUGAAAGAAAACAGGACAGAAUCUGCAAUUUUCCAUUCAUUAAAAAUCGCCAUUUUCAUCAGCUAAUAUAUUUAUCACAUCAUGUAUCAUUCCCAUACACGUUUGAUCAAUAGAUGCUGAUGUAUCCCCUUGCGCAUUUUGUUUAUAUUCAUUUUCUAGAGAUAAAAUCUGCAACUUUAGCCACGAGCAUGUUUCUUUAACCUCUGAGACAGCUACUUGCCCCCGAGCCGCACCGUGGUGCUGUUACAAAUGCACAUUCUGUGCGGGUUUCGCUUGCCUGCUGCCAACCAGACUGUGAAAAGUUCAGAUGCAAGGCCGGCUCGGUGCGUAAUUUUGCUUUUCCUGUCUGCAGAGUCAAAGUUAAAGCUGGAAUAAUAUUGUGGGUGAACGCGGAGGCAGGAAGGCACACAGUCUCUCUCACACACACACACACACACAGAGCGCAAAGUUCAGCUGCAGCCACAUCUUCUGUAUUGUCAUCUGUUGUCUUCGCACAGUUCUGCACCUAGAAGAGCAUACAGAAAUCUGUUGUUCAGCGGCGCGGUAUAAUCGCCUCUCUGAAAAGUUCACCGGCAGUGUGCUUCCUGGGGUCUAACUUCCAUCGUGUUUGACCAGCAAGCCCACAAUAUCGUCCAGUGUGCCACCGAGCAGGUUCCUCACAUGCUUACUUUUGAUCUCAUAACGCGUGUAUGUUCCAUGUAUACAACGGCAACGCACAUCCGCACGCUCCCUGUGCUGCGUGGAACAGCUUGACAACCCGCCGAGCUCGGAAAGGGGGCGAAAACCCGGAGAGUGUUUUACACUUCCUCGCAAAUCCCUCUGGGUGCUGAGAGGCCAUGGACUGAAAGGACCUUCAAAUGUAGCUGUGGCCUCUAUUGACCAUUUGACCUUCAAAGGUCCAAAGGCGAUCUUCUUCUGCUAUCUGGAUGGGGUCUUCACAGAAGGUGGGGGUUGCGAUAGGAGUAGAGAAAUGCUGUUUUGAGGGGAAUAGUGGAGCAAAUCGGCAAGACAAGAAAAAGUGGAGAAGUUUGUUCUGGGGGAGGGGCUGAAGGAACAGCUUUUCUUUAUCUGACCGCUUCUCUGGAUCUUCUAACUCCGUUGCUUUGCACCCUUCCACUCUUCCCUCAUUCUCUUCCUUGUCUUGUUUUAAAAUGGCAAGCAAAUGGUGUUUCUGUCAUGACUACCGAAAUAUGCGUUCGUCACCGAAGAGCAAGAGGAUUGAAAAUCGCAACUGGAAUGGAUUGUGAUAUACAGACACGUAGGCACUGAAAUGCUUCACUGUUUUCAGUACGGUUGAAUUUUCCCUCUUUGUUUAGGGAACAUUUGUCAUUCUCUCUGUCUGGUGUCCUGGUUCGGACAGCGUGUACUUAAAUGUAUGGUAAUUUCGAUGCUCUUUCACAAAAAAAAGGAAAUAAAAAAACAAACCAUUAUUGAUGCUUUUUUCAUUCUUUCUAUUGCAACGGAUGAUGCUGCUGGCAGUAGCUGGCGUUUCGUGUACAAAUACAAUCCAUCUAUCCGCCUUUGCUGACGACACGCAUCAAGAGAUCCUCGUGGAGCAUUAUGAGAAGAACGCAUCACGGCAUCAGUGUAUUUCCAGG